AUGAAUAUUGAUAACCAGCAGGGAAUCGAACCAUUUUCCUUCACAUCAAAAUUGGGCGUGCCAGUCGGCGGAGUCGAACCACUCUCCUUCACAUCAAAACUCAACGAGCUGAUCCACUACAUCACACGGCUGACGAAAAUUAUGAAAGACUUUGCCGGUGCAGCUGGACGACAUACAACAGUUGAUGGUUCCGAAAAUUGUAAUGCCCAUGUAAUUGGCAUUGCUGGCUGUACAAAUAGUGGUAAAACAACGCUUGCGAACACUCUUGCUACGAUGCUUUCGAAAGAGGGUAUGCGAACAAUUGUGAUUUCACAGGAUACUUUCUAUUAUCGCGAUGAAGAACAUACGAAUUCUGUAGCAAGUCGUUCCAAUCCUGAGAUACAAUAUCUUAAUUUCGACACCGUGGAAGCGAUCAAUGUCGAUGAUUUCUUAUCGACUUUGGAAGAAGCAAUUGUUGCGAACGAUUUUGUAAUUAUAGAAGGAAAUAUGAUCUUGCAAAUUGAGAGUUUGCAAAAACUUAUACACCGUGCUGUAUUUGUAACACUAAGACGUGGGAUAUGCGAAGAGAGGCGAGCAACACGAAAUUACAAUCCGCCGGAUCUACCAGGGUAUGUGGAUGAAAUUGUUUGGCCAGCCUAUAAAAGUCAUCUUGCCCGUGCUCAGAAACUUGCCCGCCGCUCAGCGCUGAUUGCCUUCACAGAUGGAAAUGUUCAAAAUUUUUUGAAUGAAUCGGAAGUGAAAGAGGUGAUUUUCACGCUUCUUUUCGUAAAUAAAAGACGCAUUUUGGUCAGUUCGCGUACUUGUGGUAAAAUUUUACUUAUUUCGAGAUAUCAUCACCACUUCGUCCUUAAAGCAAAAGACAGUACGGGCCUCAAAAGUCCUAUGGGGGAAAAGAAGAGGGUAGUAACCAGGGCCAGGAACAACGGCCCAUUCAACGCAGGGUAA